AUGCCUUCCUCGCCUCAGCGCCCGUUCUUCCUCUCCUCCUUCUUCGCCGCCUUCCGCCAGCAGCCCCCCUCGGCCUCCGCCCUGGCCGCCUCGUCACAGGCCUCCAAACAUGGCCACCCGCACGGCACCCAGCAGUCCUCGUCAAAUCCCGCAGCCCCGCGGUCAAUAACGACCGGCUCCCACUCGCACAGCCAGCAGUCAACCGUGAAUCAGGUGUCGCUCCACUCCCCGCGUGGCCACGGGGCCGGCCCCAUGCCCAUCGUGUCGAGCACCCGCCGCCGCGGCAGCGACAGCAGCAGCGAAGGGUUCCGCGACGUCCUGGGUGCCGACAAGUGGUACAUUGGUGGCAGGACCGCCGCUGGCGAGGAGAAGUUCUUCAAGCUCGGCGUGGUCAAGCGCCAGCGCAGCCAGGACCGGCUUAGUCUUGAUCGGUUAAGCUUGUGA